UGUGGGCUAUGGGGCGCAGCACCACCAGCGCCUCGUCGUUGUUGACGAGCAUUACCGCUUUCUUGAUUGAUGGUUGACGGUCCCUCAGUGACCGAGCAGCGCGUGCGAGUUCUGCAUAUUGGGGCCAAUAAGGCGCGCAGGUCAAGGUUGAGGAGGAGGGGAGUCCGUCCCAUCGGCGGUGUGUGGCUUUUUGCGCUUUCUCUGCUGACGCGUGUACUUCUUGGUACUAGCUCGUCCGGGUGGCUCAUUAUCCUCAAGUGGCGGGGCGCGGGCCGGCGACGGCAAUGCACUCGCCGGCCAGAUCAGCUGGUACACUGCCCUCUCCCCGAGCCAGCGUUUGCGUGUGUCAGCAGAGCCCCGUUUUGCCGCGUCCGCUAGUCCGGCGGGGCGCCGCCGCCCGAACGAUUCCGUCUCGCGCACCGCUAUCGGGCGCCGUAAAGGAAAUUCCGGACGACAUUGCCAAACCUGCAGGUCGGAGUGCGGCAGCGGGAGGGUCCGCCCGUUUCUACGGCGUGGGUGGCGCCCGUGCGACGGCGCCCUAUGGCCUCGCAGACCUGUGGGCCGCCCGCCUGCACUAGCCUGCACGCCACACCCCAUGAGUGCGACAAGGACGGAGCUAUACGGAAGAGGUGGAGCGGGUCCCGCCGUGGGCCCGGGCCCCACGGUGGACGAUGGCGCCUGGAGCGUGGAGGCCUGGUGCCGGUGGGCGCUCUCCUUCACCGUCACCGCCAUGGCCUUCGGGGCGGUGUUGCUGCUGCUGCCGGCACUGCUGCUCAUGUACUCAGUGGUGUCGCGGGUGCGAACGGCCUGGCUCGGCGUCCUGGAGCGGCGCUACCCGCAGCUCGAGUUCGUCCGCAACACGACGGUGCGCACGGCCGUGGACACGAUCCGCAACCAGGGCGUGAUCGCGCUGCUGCUGACGGUGCAGGGCGCGUGCGACCCGCGCCGCGUCAUGGACUCGCUGCACCGCGACAUCCUGGACCAGCGCCACCCGGACGGCCGGCUGCGCUUCCCGCACCUGCGCACGCCGCUGAGCCAGCGCUGGGGCCGGUACGCCUGGAAGCGCGACGACGCGGUGCACUUCCAGCUCGACAAGCAGCUGCUGCUGUGCAGCGCCGCCUUCCGCGGCCGCCCCGUUACCGACAACAACAUCCAGGAGGUGGUGAGCGACCUGGUGUCCAAGUACCUGGUGCCGGAGCUGCCGCCCUGGCAGAUCGCCCUCAUCCCCAUGCCGUCGGCUGACCGCUACUUCGUGCUCAUCCGCAUGCACCACCUGCUGCUGUCGGAGGACGGCCUCAAGCUCACCGACCUCCUGCAGCUCACCCGGCAGCACAGCGACUUCUCGCACGUGGCUGACGUGACUCCGGCUGGCCACCUCCUGGAAGGCAUGCUGGAAGCUCCGGUGGCCAUCCCGGCACUGUACGAGCGGCUGGGCGAGUCCGUCGCCAACCACUGGAACGAGCUGAUUGCCGUGUACGAUCCGCUCGAGAACCCCAAGGUGCUCACCAACCCCACGCUCCUGGGCCUCUCCAUGGCGCUGCUCAUCGCCGUGGUGUCCGCCGUGCCAGAGGUGUGGCGCGGCGGCCGGUGGGACGGCGCUCUGGGCGCGGUGCGCGCGCAGGCCGCCCGCCGCGGCGUGUCCUCGGCCGCGUGGCGCGCAGCCGUGGGCGGCGCCCUGUGGCGCACCCUCACCCUGGCCGUGUCGCCGCCCGUCCUCGCCCUUUCCGCCGCCCUCUUCGGUUACCGCCUGUGGCGCGGAGCCGGCAGCAUGGCGCUCAGGAUCGUGUUGGUGCUCGCCCUGGAGGCAGCGCUGCUCACCAAGUACCGCGGUCGGUACACGGAGUCGCUCAUGUCCCGGUCGCCGUACCUGCGCCUCUGGUGGCAGUCGCUGCACGAGGCGAUGCGCCUGGCGGAGACUGUGUUCCGCGCGCCGCGCCUGCUGGUCGAAGACCUGCUGCUGUCCAACCGCAACCAGCCCCCGCACCACUUCCAGACCGUGUCCCUGUGCGGCAGGAAGGUAGUGGCGUGGUCCGACCCCUUCCCCCAGGAUCUCAUCCAGCAGAUGGCCGAUGCCACGGGCGCUUCGUCAAGUGAAGUGUGCCUGUCGGCGCUGAGCGGCGCGCUGCGCGAGUACUUCCGCUCGCAUGGGCUGGCCGUGCCCGAGAAUGUCCUGACGACGGCGCGCUACUGCCUCCUGGAGGAGCUGGUGGGCGGGCCUGCGCAGUCGGGCUCUGGCGGCCUGGCCUGCAUCGCCCUGCCCGUGGCGGACGCCGUCAAGGACCCCGUGCAGCUGGUGCACGAGGUGCGCGCGCGCAUGGCGCGGGUGCGGCGGCGCCAGGCCGCGCUGUGGGUGCUGUCGUCCUGGCAGCUGGAGCGCGGGCUGCUGACGCGGCUGCUGCCGCAGCUGCUCGUGCGGCUGCACCUCAACUUCCUGUCGCGGCGCUACGCCGUGGCGCUCACCGAGGUGGCCUCGCUCCGGCCCGACCACCCCGCCGGCAAGCUGUGGGGCCACCCGCUGCAGUCCCUCAUGUACUGGCGGCCGCCUCAGGCCAACGUCAGCCUGUCGCUGACGCUGCUCACAGUCGACUCGAUGGUCAGCUUGGGCGUGAUGGCGGACGCCCUUUUGUCGCCCCAGCAGGGAGUGAUCGCGCGCGCCUGGACGCAGCACCUCCGCGACCUGGCUCGGGCCGUCGGCGUCUCUCUGCCUUCCCCGCGGGCGCUGUCGCCCUCCCCACAGCCACCCCUCCCCGCCGCGCCGGUCGCCGUGCCGGUCUCUGGGCCGGCUGAAGUGGACGGGACUGACGACGACUGAAAACCCGGAAAAGUUGAUUAAUUUAUUGAAGGUUUUUAAACUGUUGAUGAGCCUUCUUGGCCAAAUCAGAGUUGCAGAGCCUAUUCGCAGAUUUCAUUUAAUUUACUGCGAACUGACCAGUUACCAGUGUGCCUUGCCGUUGAAGUAGAAGAGAGUUGAUGGCUCUUUUAAUUUGUUCCGAAUUUUGUAUAAUUGACGAAUUGAAAAUGAGUGGUUUAUGUUUGUAAGUUGACUUUAGUGGAAACAAUUGCUCACCUAUUUUAACCAUGAUGGUCUCUACAGCCGUGAGCUGUAGAGAUGGACGAGGAGUAGUUUAUGUUUAUAGUCGAUGUUAGGAGACUGACAACAAGACAAUUUUUCGUACUGUUUCUGUCAAGAUUCAAUGUGAAUAAUGUGAGGCUGAUGGAGCUAACUAAUACCGAAGGCUGUUUCAAAUCUUGUUAUUAUAUAAGUUUUAGUCAUAUAAUAUAUUAUUGACGCAUAGAGAUUUUAUACAUUUAAUACUGGUUGUGAUUCAGAAAGAGGUGUGAAGUCAUAGAAUAAUUAAAAACUGUUGAAGCGAG